AUGAAGGACUGGUUACUCACCGAGGAGAUGGAUAAAUCUACUCUUCAACGUGGCCAAUUAGAGACGGAACUGGAGAAUGCUCUACAUGCUAAAUCUGCUCUAGAGGCGGAGCUAAGCCAAAUGCUUGAACAGGUUUCUCGCUUGAAGAAUGAAUUAUUCGAGAAGCAACAAACGGCUAGAACCCUUGAGACACAGGUACUACUUUCUCGCAGUAACUUUGUUCACCGUCAAUGA